AUGGAUAAAAAAGAUACGGCUCAACUCGAAGCUUGGCUUCAUGAAGAAGGCAACAAUAGCGAAAUGUUUGAAGAUGACGAAGGUCGAACGAUGACGAAGACAUUCUUCUCCAAUUCACAGGACCACCAAUGUGAAUUGGAGAAUGAAGAAGAGGUUCUAAAUGAGAUGCCGCCGAUGACUGCAGCUGAAAAGCAGAAAAAAUAUCGCGAUAAGUUGAAAAGAGAAAACCCUGAAAAGUAUGAAGAAAUACAAAAUAAGGCCAAAGAAAGAUCUGCAAGUUACUAUGAGUAA